AAGCAUUUGAACUUGACUUUGAUUUCGUUAGCUUGUGAAAAGAACCUCAGAGGAUUUAUUUCUAUAAACAAAAUUUCUUUUUAUUUUCAUUUGAAAAAAGGAAAGAAAAAGAUCCUAUAAGAAACCAUAAAAAAGUCGUGUGAAUUAACUAGAUAUUCAUUCCUCUGUGUGUUUGGUUAAGUGUCGAAUAGCAACGGAAAAAGGAUAUUUUUUCUGUCAACAAUAAAUUUAAGGAUUAGAAAAGGAAACGUCAAAAUAUAAAAAACUAAAGAAAUCUUUCAAAAUGAUCAAGCUUUUGUUGUCGCUCAGUGUUUUAUGUGUUGUUACAACAGGUCAACGCAUCAUGACCAUUCAAUUGGAUGGCAUUCAAUACUACAUUUCACGUAUGAAUCCAUAUUCACCUGAGCUGAAUUAUUAUCUUGCUUACCAGUAUUGUCGUUCACUUGGACUUCAAUUGGCAUCAUUCGACACUAAGGAGAAGGUGGAGUCAAUGACAAACUAUUUGACCAAUGCCAAGUUCAAUAAUUUCGAUUUCUGGACAUCAGGAAAUCGUUUGGGAACAGGAAUGUAUUUGUGGAUGAGUACGGGACUUCCAUUUAACUCCACCUUCCAAUAUUUCGAAAAUGAGCGUGAUUCAAACGGUAUAAUUGACCCAUUGGAUCACAACGGCAACACUUCACCACAGAGAACUGCCAGAGAUGACAACAGAAAGUCAUUGGACAACAAUUGCGUGUUGUUGAAAGCUCCAAAUCUCAAAUGGGCUCCCGAGGAUUGCCUUCAAAUUAAAGACUUCAUCUGCGAACAAACACGCUGCUAUUAUUACAAUUAUGGAAGCAUUCCUGUUUCCUCAUCACAGGGGCGACCAAUCACAACUUCAACAACUACCGAAGCUCCAAUGUCAUUAAAAGAUACAACUGCUCUUUAUGUUUCUUUAAUGGGAUCAUCCAAAAAGCCACUUGAAACUGAAGAGCAUGACAAUGUUGAUCAUGAUGAAGACACAACUACCGAAGCAAAUCACGAGGAAGAAGAAGAGUCGGAUGAUGAUCAUACACAUGUUGAUGACUUGGAGGGACACACUGAACAUGACGUAAGAGUCGAUCAUGAAGAAGAGGAAGAAGAUAUUCCAGUUGAACAGAAAUUGAGAGAAUUAACCGAUACAAUUCAAAAUCUUGAUAAAAUCAGCUCAAAUGAUAAAGAAACUCGUCAAUCAUUUCUCUCAUUAUCCGACUUGAUUAAGACACUCCGACCAGAUGACCAGAAGCCAUUGCAGAUCGAUUCAGCAUAUUCACGUAGCCAAGUCUUGGGAGAAAAACCUGAUGUUGUUUAUCAUCCAAGAAACACCGGCGAUGUUUCCAACCGUUCAUUAUUCAAGUAGAGCAUUCAAGCUCUUCAUUGCAUUCGUUUUAUCAUUCUCGUCUCAUUUUCAAUCAUACAAAAAUAAUUUUAAUAAUUUUACACACCUCCCUUUCGGCUCAAUUUCAUUAAAAUUAAUUUUAUAAUUUUCUCAUAUGAGGGAUUUCAUUGUGCUAUUUGAGGAUGUGUGAAGAAACUGACUCAAUUUCACCAUUUAGAAAUGGUAAAAGAUGUAGUCAUGUUCAGUAAUAAUAAAAUCGAUUUAAAUUUAAUUUUUUUAAGUUGAUUGUAUUGUUUAUAAUCAUGAAUCAUUUCCUUCUCAAUAGCACACCUCCUGUGGCUGAUACUUUUGAUAUUUAAAUUUUUUAAGAUUCAAUUGUAAGUUUCAAUUAAAUGGUACGAUACAAUAAAGAAACUGAAACAAAAAAGAA